AUGGACAACAAGCAACCAGCCUAUGCAGUGGGAGACCUGGUGUUUGCUAAAAUUAAAAACUUCCGACAUUGGCCCUCAACAAUUACAAAAAUCCUAAAUGUUGAAAACAAACUACCAAAGUUUGAACUGCUAUUUUUUGGAGACAACACUACCUCAAAGGUAAACAGUUCAAACUUAUUUCCCUACCUAGACAACCUUCCCACUUUUGGUCAGCCUUUAUCUGAUAAUUUCAGAAACAAAUUAUUUAAUAAAGCUUUGCUAGAGGCUGAUACAGCUCACAAAGCCUGUCAAACUCCGAACACCACUCUUCCAUCUACUGAGGAGAAAAUAGCACACCAACAUGGACAACACCCGAUGGAGGACAUAUUUUCUAAAGUGAAACAACUACAAAACACGGAUGACCUUGAAAGCUCUCUUACUCUAGCAGCUGAAGUUGGACAGACGCUUCUUGCAGAAAACCAGAAGCUGAGACAAGACGUGCUUGACUUAACCUUCAAAAACUCUCAACUAGCUCAACUACUCGGAAAUUUGAAACAGGCAGAAGAAAUUAAAUUUGACACAAAGAAACCUUAUAGUACGGUGUAA